AUGGAUAAAUCCGACAUGCAGCGUAGUGUCGAAUCGCUUCGCAGUCAGCUGAAUAUUGAACGGUCGCCGAUCAGUCAAAGUGCUACCGAACUUCGCCGUUACACCGAAACGCAAGAAGACCCGCUGGUGAAUCCGAUCGAUAAGAAAGUAAAUCCGUGGGCUGAGAAAAGCAAGUGUGCUGUUUUGUAA